ACCUACAGCUCGCCCUACGACUACAAGCCGCUGGAUACGUACUGCCUGGAUAAGAUCUUAAAAUCGCAUCCACGCUGGAAGGACAUCAUCCUCCUCGAGCGUCACUACCGGCAGCAGGAUUUCGAGAGUGUUCAUGUACUACACGAAAAAUUGCUCGCCGCAUUCCAAGAGAUCAUCCGUGAGAGCCCGUGGGCCGAUGCGGAAACCCAGAAGAAUGCUAUUGAAAAGCACUCCCAAGAAGAAUCUCAGGCCCGCCCGGAGGCGAUCAACGACUUCUACUCCCUGCGUUUCCAUUGGGCGCUGCUGACGCCGCCACUAUACCACGUCGACGCGGCGCUCGAGUUGCAGUACGGCGCGCUCGGGUUCAUCAUCGCCCACGAGAUCGCGCACACCAUUGAUCCGGGAUGGAUCAAUCGCGACACGCAGGUGCUCGCCGGCGAUGAGGACGAGGGUCAAUUCGCCGAACAAGUCGAGUGUAUCGAUCAUCAGGCGGCUUUUCGCGCCUACCGCAACGAGCGGAGGCGCCUCUACGGCCGGGCCGAGCCAAAGCUUCCCGGACUCGACGCCUACACCCCGGAUCAGCUCUAUUUUGUGGCGACGGCUAUGUUCCACUGUGGCGAGCACAGCGAUGGCGAUCUUGAGGGGUACAUGGCGGACGAGCAUCCGAUUGGCUACAUUCGUGUCAACGAGAUGAUGAAAAACUCGAAGGACUUUUCCCGCGCUUACAAGUGUCCGCUGAACUCGCCGAUGAACCCGGAGAAGAAGUGCCGCGUGUGGCGCCACAAGAAGAUC